GCCGUGUUUCCUGGGAUCUCGGUGGUGUGGAUGGACAUGCAGGUCUGGUGUCAGAGCGCUGUAGCCUCAUAGGUCUGGGUGGGCGACGAGCGAUGCUGUCAGGCUCCUCUCAACACCACAAGGUGCUGUGAAAUGCUUCUUGUCCAGCCUGAGAGGAGCAGUUACUCCUCCAGGUACCCUUGGACUGGAAGAAACUGUUUUGAUCAGCAAAUAACCCUACAUAAAGUUCAGAUUGAAGACAUCAUUACGAGAAUGCAGGAUGACAAGACAGGUGGAGUUCCUAUCCGCACUGUCAAGAGCUUUCUGUCCAAAAUCCCCAGUGUCGUCACUGGUGCUGAUAUUGUGCAGUGGCUUAUGAAGAACCUCAGCAUUGAGGAUCCAGGGGAAGCAAUACACUUGGGAAGUCUUAUCGCUGCACAGGGUUAUGUCUUUCCGAUCUCGGACCAUGUCCUUACCCUGAAAGAUGAUGGGACAUUCUAUCGUUUUCAGGCACCAUACUUUUGGCCUUCGAACUGCUGGGAACCAGAAAACACAGAUUAUGCCAUCUAUCUUUGCAAACGGACCAUGCAGAACAAAGCUAGGCUGGAGCUGGCGGAUUAUGAAGCCGAAAACUUAGCAAGACUUCAGAGAGCAUUUGCAAGAAAGUGGGAAUUCAUCUUCAUGCAAGCUGAGGCCCAAGUGAAAAUCGACAGGAAAAAGGAUAAAACAGAAAGAAAGAUUUUGGACAGCCAGGAAAGAGCAUUCUGGGAUGUGCACAGGCCCGUGCCGGGCUGCGUGAACACCACAGAAAUGGACAUCAGAAAGUGUCGUCGUAUGAAAAACCCACAGAAGGUGAAAAAGUCAGUAUACGGGGUUACAGAGGAGUCUCAGCCCCAAAGCCCUGUACACGUGCCCUCCCAACCUAUACGCAAAACUACAAAAGAGGAUUUCCGGAAACAAAUAACUUUUCUGAACGUGCAGAUAGAGAGACAUUGUUUAAAGAUGUCCAAGGUAGCAGAAAGUUUAAUUGCCUACACAGAGCAGUAUGUGGAAUAUGACCCCUUUAUAACUCCUGCUGAGCCUUCCAAUCCCUGGAUAAGUGAUGAUGCAGCGUUGUGGGACAUUGAAAUGAGCAAAGAACCUAGUCAGCAGCGUGUGAAAAGAUGGGGUUUCUCCAUGGACGAGGUGCUGAAGGACCCAGUAGGACGAGACCAGUUCCUUCGUUUCCUGGAAUCAGAAUUCAGCUCAGAAAACCUCAGGUUUUGGUUGGCUGUCCAAGAUCUCAAGAAACAACCUCUACAGGACGUAACCACCAGAGUGGAAGAAAUUUGGCAAGAAUUUCUAGCUCCUGGGGCCCAAAGUGCUAUCAACCUGGAUUCCCACAGCUAUGAGAAAACAAGCCAAAACGUCAAAGAUCCAGGGAGAUAUACAUAUGAAGAUGCACAGGAGCACAUUUACAAGCUGAUGAAGAGUGACAGCUAUGCGCGCUUCCUCCGUUCGAAUGCUUACCAGGACUUAUUGCUGGCGAAGAAGAAGGUAUCGGUUGGAAAGGACGUGCUUGCAUCUCUUAGCACCUCUUGAUUCUCGCCUGCUGCUUGCUGCUAGUGUGAAAAUGAAAAUAUUGUUUCCUUUUUUUUUCCCUUUAUUUAAGCAAGGAAUGAGCACUUUUGUUUUCUUCACUGGGGGCACAGGGUACGGCAUCCGUAUGCACAGCCUCAACAUGAGUUUUGGGGAAAACAUGGUGACCCAAGGUAAAAAUAAUAUGGAAAAGUGUUUGUCUUGCACAGCUGUCUCCCAAACUCAGUGGAGGCAAUUAAAAUUGUAUCGCCUCUUCCUCAUGACAAAGAUGAUGUCUGGUAUGAGAAGCAGAACCCAUCAAUCUAUUCAUUACUGGUGCAAAUUUCACCCAUUCUGGUUUUCACCUCCCUAGCCUCACCAUGUGAUCUUCCCUUUGGAUGCCUUACCUAUAGACCCCCCUGCAGUGAUUCCUGUGCUCCUUUUCUCCUUUUCCCUUGCUUUUGGCUCCCCAGAGAUGUUUCCUUUUCCUUGGAGAUGAGAAAUAAUUGCAACCCAUGCAGUAAUCAAGAAUUCCAGCCACGUUGUCUCACAGGAAAACUGGGUUUGAGCUCUUAGCCUUUUUGGUGUCUGCAUGUGCUCUACCAGCACCAUAUUUCUGCCAGGAACCCCCAGUUCAGGGUAGCAAAGGAGUGGUUACGUAGAGUUACAGCAGCUCCUGUCCAAGUGUCCAUUCUUUCUGAGGGGGCUGGGAGGUAAGCUACUGAUCUCUGCAUUUGUGGCUGUGUUCAAAUGCUUCCUGCACCUCCUGACUUAUUCCCGUAAGUCUAUGUGUCAAUCUGUGUGCAUGUGCAUGCAUGUACACGUGUACGUGUCCCACUUACAUUUGGCUUCCAGGACUGUACAUAAACUGACUCCGGACUCCUGCAGCCUGAGUGUGUGGUUUCCCAUCACCAUCUUCCCUGCUGUUUUUCUGCUGCAUUCUCUGUGUGCUGCCAAAUUACAUUGC